AAGUUCGACAUUUUUUUUUUUUAAUUUUUUUUUUCUAAAAUAAACUUUAAUCAAUUCCACAGUUAUCCCUGUAGAACCCAGAUUGGGCCGAUUUCUCUUUCUAUUUUUUUUAUUCAAUUGAAAAAAAAUUGUUAAAUUUUCAAAAAUGGAAAAAAAAUUUUUUUUCAUAAAUUUUAUUUAUAUAAUGAGAUAAAUACAAUUCAACGAUUUCACGGCAUUAUAUUCACAAUUUAGAGGCUUCAUCGAUGACUGUAAUUAGUAAGAUUCAAAUUUUAAUAUAUCAAUUAGAUCGAUAAACUAGGGAUAACAAUUAUCGACUUACCUAUAGCCAGUAAACUAGAUGCUAUAAGCUAGUAUGUUUUGAUUAAAAGUGCGGCUUUUUCAUUUUGAGAUCUAAAACAUAACCUAUAAAUCUUUUGUGCAAUCUAGUGUUUUAUAAAAGAUUGUCAUUACAUUUGUUGUAUAAAUAAAUAAUUUCUCUAGUUUAUAAGCGCUUUUUUAAUUUGUCUUUAUGGCGUCAAAAAAGGUAUUUGAUCGGUGUUGUAAUCCUUUUGAGUUGGAAUCUCAUUUUAAAAAAAUUGGUUUACGUCCGGCGACUGAUAUUAUGAAAGUAACGUUAGGAUUAGAUGAUAAUUAUUUAUUAUGCAGUUCAUGUCGAAAAAAAGCUUCAGAGUUAGUGAAGCAACAAACAAAUGCUCGUAAUGAUCCUAGUGCUGAUGUAAGUGACCGUGAAGACAACUAUAGUGACAAUAAUGACAACAAUGAUCAGGCUGAUAAUGAUAGUAAUACAACUGCCACGGAUCUCCCAUUAUCCUUAUCAUUCCGUUCCAUGUCAUUUGAUAGCGAACCCAAAGCAUCACAAUCAAGCUCAGGAUCCCAAGUUAGCGCUGCAACUCAAUUACCCGUAAUAAACCAUGCAUUAGAAUUGUUAAAUCAAUCACCGAUUCCAUCGAAGAAAUUGAAUGAUAAUCAAUUUUUGAACAAUAAAAUAAAUCGGGUAUCUGACAGCUUGAAAAAAGUUUUGCUUUCUUCUUCAGAUGAAGAAUCGAUUGAUGACGAUGGUGAAAAUUUUUGCUCUCUAAUUAAAAUGUUGUAUGAUAAAUUCAACGAUAAAGAAACUGAUAAGUCUUUGAAAAUACAAAUUUUAACAUUAUUACCUGUAAAAUGGAGUGAGAGACGUAUUUGUGAAACUAUGAAUACAUCAAGACAUUUGUCAAGAGUAGCAAAAAAUUUGGUUGAAGAAACGGGUUUACUUUCUACACCUGAAUCGAAAUUAGGGAGGACAAUUACUGAUCAGGUAAAAUUAAAAGUUGAAAAUUUUUACAACGAUGAUGAGUAUAGUGCUCAAAUGCCCGGUAUGAAAGACUUUGUAUCAAUUCGAAGUGAUGAUGGUAAUCGGAUACACGUCCAAAAAGACUUAUCCUGUCUAACUUAAAAGAAUUAUACCAAUGUUUCUGUGAAAUAAAUCCUGCUGAGAGAAUUGGAUUUUCAAAAUUCGCUUCUUUGCGACCAAAACAUUGUGUGUUAGCAGGGGCAAGUGGAACACACACCAUCUGCGUGUGUACGAUUCAUCAAAACGUGAAGUUAAUGAUGCUUGGUGCAAAUAUUUAUUCUUUGACAAGGAACACAGAAAAGCCCAUUAAACACUACAGCGAUUACUUGAGCAUGAUUAUAUGUGAAAAUCCAUCUUUUCAGUGUUAUUUAGGUGGAUGUAAAAACUGUCCUGGGGUCGAUGAGUUGAGUAAAAUUUUACUAAAAUGUUUUGAGGACCGGGAAAUCGAGAAUAUUACAUAUAAAUAUUGGAUAUCAAAACCGAGAAGUAGUUUAGAAACUAUUAUUAAGCCUACAGAAGAAUUUGUGGAAAAAUUUUGUAGUGAGUUAGAAAUUCUUCUACCUCAUUCGUUCAUUGCUAAGGAGCAAGCCCAAUUCUUGAAGACAUUGAAAGAAACAUUGAAACCAAACGAAUACGUUAUUAUUUGUGAUUUUGCAGAAAAUUAUGCCUUCGUAGUACAAAAUGCGGCAGCUGGUUUUCACUGGAAUAAUAAUCAGGCAACAGUUUUUCCAGUCGUUAUUUAUUAUAAAGUAAAUAACAAACUUGAACACAAAAGUUUAGUAAUUAUCUCAGAUUCUAACAAACAUGAUGCCGUUGCUGUUCAUGUUUUCAUCGAAAUAAUAACUGAUUACGUGAAAAGUCUUCCUGAACGUUGUAACAAGAUUUAUUAUUUUUCUGAUGGAGCUCCUCAACAAUUUAAAAACUUUAAAAACUUUGUAAAUUUAUAUUACCACGAAGAUGAUUUUGAUAUUCCUGCUGAA